AUGAUGCGGAAAACAGGAAAAUUCAUAACCAGGGAUAUAGGACAGAAAUACAAAUGGAAAAAAGGAGCAAAGCUAGUGAAAGAGAGAAGUCAAGCUGAAGUGAUUCCUGUUGUUUCUGCAGCUCCCAGAAAUGAUGAUGAACAUGCCCCACUGGAAGUCUCUCCUCAUAUUAGGCAUGAUGGGCAACCUGAGUGGAAAAAGAUGGUGGCCUAGCAGGAAUCCAUCAGGCAAAGCAUUGCAGAAAGGCCUGUGACAGUCAUGGUGCUGAAAGCAAUGAAGCCUUUUGAAUUUGAGACCCAAGAAGGAAAACAAUAGAUGUUUCACACUGCAGUGGCUAUGGAGAGUGCGUUCUUUUAUGUAAAAGUUUUCAAUAAAUAGCUGAAGGAUAACUUCACUCCAAAAAAAAUUAUGAUAUCAAAAUAUUAUGGCAGUUGUUUCCUGGAAGCAAAUAGUGCCUCCCUUGUGUGUGAUGUCGAAUCUGACCAACAGAUCAGUGUCCCACAGCACAUUAUCGGAAAACCUGGUGAAACCCCAAAGAGUAAGCUUCAAACUCAGCCACAUAAAACAAUUGUGAAUAGGCUGUUUGUAGUCCAGAAGGAUAUAACUCUGGUCAAGAAUGAACAGGUUGAUGCUCCACCAGAAUUGGUGCUCUAUAGGGCUAACGCCCAAGCUGAGGCCUUCCAAAGCAGAUGGCCGUGUUCACACUCACUGCAAGUUUAUCUCAUGAUGUAA